CAUACAAAGUUCCAACAGAAAAAGAUAACAAAAUAAAUAAAAAGUUAUGGUGAAUCGUGGACGACAGGUAUAAAGGAAUAUUUUGUUUCUACUCAAAAAAAAGAAACGAAUAAGUAUUAUUACAAGAGAAUACGAGAAAAUGAAAAAGGAUGUAUCCACGCUUAGCAAGAAAAGUAGGAGUGAAAACUUAACUCAAGCCAAAAAUGAUUCACGCUUUUUUCAAAUAUAUAAUUAAUAAUAAAAAAUGUAUUUAUAUAUAUAUAUAUAAAAAAAAAAAACGAUAACAUAUUCAUAAUCUGUAAAACCAUCUUAAUAAUAGGGGAAAUAUCAAAUAUAUAAUGACAUCUCGUAUAAAUCGUUCCCUCGAUCAAGAUAGUUCCUCGUCAUCUUCCGCAGCCGAAGAUGGCAGCCAAGACGUAUUAAGCUUACUCAUGGGGGUAUUCGAUGAUCAUAAUGAUGAAACUUCCCAAGAAAUUGAGGGUAGUGAAACAGGUUCUCCGCCGCGUGGUGGUGGUAGUAAUCAAGCAGCAACACCUUUUGGUCUUCUUCCUUUAUUACUACCUAUGUUGCAAGCUGGCUUACAGCGUGGAGGGGUGGCUGUGCCUUCCCGGCCCGCCGUUUGUCCUAUUCCACCACCGCCACCACCACCGCCUCAAGUUCGGGCCCCUUAUAGCUAUGCCCAUGUUUCUGGAUCACCAUCUCUUCAUCGAAGAGAUGUUGUGCCAAGUCACUUCUUGCUUAAAAUCGAAUCAUUUGCGUCUCUUUCGAAAUCCCCAAUAACUCAUUACCGUUCUGAGUUUGAAGCCGGAGGCUACAACUGGGAAAUAAGUAUAUUCCCAAAUGGAGACAAAACAAAUGGUGGGGAAGAUCAUAUUUCUGUUUUCUUGAGAUUAAUAGACACCAAUCUCCCUAUUGGUUGGGAGGUCCAUGCUAUUUUUACUUUCUUUCUCUAUGAUCAGAUUCGGGAGCAGUAUGUUACUUCCCAAGAUAAUGCAAAUGUACUGCGGUUUCAUGCAAUGAAGACAAAAUGGAGCAUUAUCAAAUAUAUUGACCUUAAAACAUUCAAUGAUAGUUCCAAUGGAUUCCUUGUCAAUGGAAGUUGUGCUUUUGGGGCAGAGAUUUUUGUGGUCAAAAACACAAUCAAAGGAGAGUGUUUAACAAUGAUCGAAGACCCAAUUAAAUGCACUAAUACUUGGAAGAUUGGUGAUUUUUCAGCUAUAACCCAAGACCGGCAUGCAUCUCAACCAUUUUUUGGUGGAGACUACAUAUGGAAAAUUGUGAUUUAUCCUAAUGGAUUCGGAGAAGGAAAUGGAACCAAUAUUUCAUUGUUUCUACAAUUGGAUACUUCAAGUCUUCCUCCAAACACUAAGCUCUUUGUUAAUUACGUUUUGCGUUUGAAGCACCAAAUUAAUGGAAAGGAUUUUGAGCAAAAAGCUAAUAAUGUUUUCUUUUCUUCAAACGGAUGGGGUUUUCCUACAUUUAUGUCGCUGGCAAAGUUCAAACAAUUAGACAAUGGAUUUCUGUUGAAUGAUACUUGCAUCAUCGAGGCUCAGUUUGAAGUGCUCGGAUUAAUUAAACAACAUUGAUUAUCUUCCAUUAUUUAAUUGUAUAUCUAUAUAUAUUAGGGCCUUUCCUAUAGUACAUUUUCAAAAUCAGUAUCUCAUGCAAACAUUACCCAAAAGUUACCAGAUAUAUAUAUGUACAGGGAAAAUUAUUGAAUAGUGCUUAUUUUACCCAACCCUACAUUCUAUUUAAUAAUUUAUCUAGUAUAUACUUUCAUAUUGAAACAAUAUAAUGUAUACAUUAAACAAAUAAUAAAGUUACUUUCGAAUUAGGAGUU